CCCUGAUCCACACACAGAGUCUCGUCUCAUCGAAACACUGCAGACAGAAACACCGAGGACUCGAUUGAUUCUGCUAAUGAGAACAUGACCCGCAGAGAGCUCUCCCACAGCCAGAUCAAAACCUUUAAACAUUAGACUUCACUAAAGAAUCGAACCAUUUCGAGCUCGAGUUCAUGGCGUUUCUCGUCAAGAAGAAGAAGUUCAAGUUUCAGACCCUCGUUACUCUGGAGGAGCUGACAGCUGUGCCGUUUGUCAACGGAGUUCUGUUCUGUAAGAUCAGACUGCUGGAUGGAGGAGAUUUCACUGCUUCAUCAUCCAGAGAAGAGGUCCACCAGAACGCCGUUCGCUGGAGGAAGAGGUUCUCCUUUGUGUGCAAAAUGAGCGCCAACCCCAACACCGGCGUCCUGGAUCCCUGCGUGUGUCGCGUCUCUGUCAGGAAGGAACUCAAAGGAGGGAAAGCAUAUUCAAAGCUGGGCUUUGCUGAUCUGAACAUGGCAGAGUUUGCUGGCUCGGGCUCCACCGCGCGCUGCUGUCUGCUGGAGGGAUACGACACCAAGAACACACGGCAGGACAACUCCAUCCUGAAGGUGACCAUCGGAAUGACCCUCUUAUCCGGAGACCCCUGCUUCAAAACUCCCCCAGUCACUGCCAAAUGUAUAUCUGUGUCCGGCCGAGACCCUUCCCUGCAGCUGGACUGUAAAGGAGAAGGAACCGCUGAGGUUUUUCCCCGACCGACUAAACAGAGACCUUCUAUACUCAGCUCUGGUUUUCCCGAGGAGGUGGAUCAGGGUCAAAGUCCUGAUGAAUUGUUUCACACGGGUCAUUCACGCAACUCAAGUUAUGCCAGUCAGCAGAGCAAACUAUCAGGCUACAGCUCCUCCAGUCUGUCUGAUCUGACCCAUCGCAGGAACACAUCUACAGGCAGCAGCGUGAGCGCCGACCCCCCGUCUGAGAGUGACACCCGUCCCGAGCGGCCUCCACGACCCCCGCGGCCCAUCUUACCCACAAACAGACCGCCACGGAGGAAGCAGGAUUCGGUGGAGGAUCGCCCGACCUGGGUCAACGACACUCGUAUCGACGCAGACGACAUCGUGGAGAAGAUCGUCCAGAGUCAGAACUUCUCUGACAUCAGUAACAAUGAAGAUAGUAACCUGAGACUGUUUGUGAGUAGAGACGGAUCGACAGCACUGAGCGGUAUCCAGCUGGGAAACAGGGUCUCUGCAGGAGUCUAUGAGCCGGUCGUCAUCGAAAGCCAUUAGAUUACCGCCGUGGUGUUCCUGUUUCGUCACUUCAUCAUCAAAAUACUGAAGAAUCACACAAAUCUACUCUUGAAUCCGAUAUUUCUUUAACAUCUAAGUUAGUCCAGAUAAAAGUUUCAGUGCCAAACCACUGCAGUGUGUGGUGAUGCUGCACAACACAAUAGUUUUUCUUCUGGAUAGAGAUCUGAUCUCAUUUCUAUGGAAGCAUGUUUCCGACAGCAUAAAAGAAAAGGUAAUUGCGGAUUUUUAUCUCAAAAUUCUGACUUCCAAACAGUUCUGAGAAAAGUUUGAAUUGCAACAUUUAAGUUCAAAACGGCGAGAUAUAAUUUCAGAAUCGCAAGAUAUAAACUCACAAAUCUGCAAUUAUACAUUUUUUAUUUAUUUUUUGUUCCGU